AUGCAGUUCGUCGUACUCACUGCUUUGAUCGCUGUCGCCGCAGCCCAUUCCCAAUACGUUGGCCAAACUUCUUGGAAUUCCGCUUCCAAUGCUCAUUCUUAUUCACCUUCAACGCACCAGGUCAGGGAAUUCACCGCUCAGCCGCACGCUAUCAACUGGGCUGUCCACGAUGGUUAUGGCAGCGACCACUCCCACGUUGUGAGCAACGAUGGCCAAGUAAUCACCGGCACUUACCACGUCCUCCUUCCCGAUGGCCGUGUUCAAAUCGUAACAGACAACGGUGAUGGCUUCGGACACAUUGCUGAUGUCACGCACGAAGGCCAAGCCCAGUACCACGCCCCAUCCGCCUACUCCGCACCUGUAUUCACCUCUCAAGUUGUCACUGCUCCUGCUCUAUCAUCUCACACUUACUCCGCACCAAUCUUCACUUCUUCCGCUGGCCACACUAUGGGAGCCGGUUGUAGGACUCACUCAGGUCAUGUUUUCCCCUCUUCAUCUGUCACGGCUCCAGGUGUUGCCUCCCGCACUUACUCCGCACCGGUCUUCACCUCUACUGGUGCCAGCGUUUCUGGUGACAACUCCCGCAGUUACUCCGGCCCCGUUUUAACAUCCUUGGGUGUCACAUCACCUGUAAUCACUUCCGUUCCGAUCACAGCUCCUGCUACAUCAUCUCGCACUUACACCGCACCAGUUUUUACCGGCACUGGUGCUCCUGGUGUUGUUCUCAACUCUGGAUCUGUCACAGCUCCAGGUGCUAACUCCCGCACUUAUUCCGCCUCGGACCUCACUUCUUCUGCUGGCCGCACUUCGGAAGAUAGCUCUCGUACUUAUUCCGGUGAUGUUCUCACCUCUUCAUCUGUGACGGCUCCAGGUGCUAACUCCCGCACUUAUUCCGCCCCAGUCUUCAUUUCUUCUGCUGGCCGCACUUCGGAAGUCACCUCUGGUACUCAUUCCGGCGGCGUUCUCACCUCUUCGUCUGUCACGGCUCCUGGCGCUUCCUCCCGCACUUAUUCCGCACCGGUUAUGACUUCUCCUACGUCCUCAUCUACUGUACUCACCUCGUCUUCAGUCGGCGGUUCUGCUGGAACUUCUCGCACUUACUCCGCACCAGUUUUUACAUCUGAUGACUCCGCUUUUGGCCGUGUUUCUCAGAUCGGCACUGGUCCGACCACUGGAUCCGGCUCCAUGACUUUCGGUAACGUUGUUCGCGACUACUAA